AGAUCGUAAUCCAACGGCUGUGAGUGAGACUCGUGAUUCGUCUGGUUUUAGGGAUCUCGCAGGCCCGCAGAGGCCUCGUCAGCCCGCGCGGCGGAGGAGAAAGAGGAGUCGUCGCCGUCCGAAUGAGUUGGGGGGAGACGUCGUCGAGCUCCAAGGCGGCUGCUCCACCGGCCAUCCGCCUCGUCAGCUUCGUCUCCGAGGAGCAGCUCGACGAGGCGAAGCGGUCGAGAGGGGAGCGGGUGGAAGACGGCACCGCCCAGCGCGACAAGCCCCUCUUCCAGAUCCUGCAGGAGAACAAGGAUAAGAAGGAUGCCGAGUUCAAUGAGCGCUUCAAGCACAGACCCCCAAAGGCUUUGGAUGAGGAUGAGACAGAGUUUCUUGACAAAUUGGCUUUGUCAAGGAGAGAAUAUGACCAGCAGGUGGCCAAUGAAGAAGCUGAACAACUCCGUAGUUUCCACGAGGCUGUAGCUGCCCAGUCCACUAUUGCUCAUGAACUUGGUGAGAUGCCUACAGUCUCUAUGCCUGAGGAGAGCAAGCCUAAACCGCCUUCUAAGAGGAGCCAGCCUGAGUUCCUGAGAAACAUUACAGUUUCCGUGAAGCCACGAGCCAAGAAGGCAAAAUCUGACGCGGAAUGUAAGCCUGCUCCCAAGGAGUUGGUGCCUUCGAAUGGGCAUGAUACAAACCAUGAGCCACAUGGUGACACCAAGAGCAGCGUGCUUGGCUCUCUGGCUGCAUACGGGGACGACGACGACGACGAUGAAAGUGGCGAUGAACGAUGACCAACAGUAACAUCCAAGAUUUCUAGAAUGCUCAGUGUUGCAUACCAGAAUCUCACUGCAACGCUGCAGCAGCCUGCAAAAGGGUUUUUUCUUGGCGAGAUGCAAAGGAUGCAUCCAUGAUUCCGUUGCAGUGUAUGAACGUUUUGUCGUAGGCGAUGAGUUCUGUCUGACAAAAGGAUCUAACCCCGUAAUAGCAAGUGAAACGAUCUUUUUAGUGCGAUUAUGGUACUACAUGCAAUCACAGCCAGUAUUCACCUAUCAAAGGCCACAGCCAUCCA